AACAGGUCGAUGAGCUUGCGCAGUCAUUUAUGUUUACAACUCAUGUUUCUGCACAGCUUCCGUUUGAAGAGGUUUGAUCAAGCAGUCGUGCAUGUCUUUAUUGUGGGCGGAAUGUUGUUUCAAGCGUCAUGAAGUCUGGGUUUUGUGAAACGAGACCAAUUUGAACCUACUGUAGUGGCUUACUACGAAAACUAUACUACGCAAUUGGUGACACGCUCUCGAGGUGUGUUCAAGAUUGAAGGUAGAUCGACAGUAAGUUUGACCAGAGCAAGGAGUCUGAGUAGCCAGUCAUAGAUCGCCAGCCUGCAAGGAUCAUAUCCCGUUUUCGCAACUUUCUUCUUAAUAAGUAAGAGAUCAUACAGAAAGGAAUACAUGGCUACAGUCAGAGUGGUGCAUCGGCAGCCAGCCCUGUGGCGGCAGUGCCAUAGGACUGCUGCUAUAGCCCUCUGUCAUCUCCACACCAGCAGCAACAGCCAUGCCUCCUCCUCCAAAGAGCAUUACAAGGUCCUAGUGCUGGGAGGAGGAAGUGGUGGCAUCACAAUGAGUGCUCGGAUGAAGAGGAAGCUAGGGGCGGAAAACGUGGCCAUAGUGGAACCCAGUGAGAUGCACUACUAUCAGCCCAUCUGGACAUUGGUUGGCGCCGGGGCUAAAGGUGUGGCCUCUUCCGGUCGCCCCACCGCCAGUGUUGUGCCGUCUGGUGUUAAGUGGGUUAGAUCCAGGGUUCAGGAGAUCGACCCAGACACAAACACUGUGCGCACAGGAAAUGGCAUGGAGAUCUCCUACCAAUAUCUGAUAGUGGCUUUAGGUUUACAGCUACACUAUGAGAAGAUCAAGGGCCUGCCUGAGAUUGAAGAUUGGGUCAAAUUUAAGAUUGGUUCAAACUAUUCCGUACAAACUGUGGAGAAGACUUGGAGUGCACUGCAGAACUUUAAGGAGGGAAAUGCUGUAUUCUCUUUCCCCAACACUCCGGUGAAGUGUGCAGGAGCCCCACAGAAGAUCAUGUACCUGACCGAUGCUUAUCUCAGAAAGACAGGAAAAAGGGCUAAGGCCAACGUUGUGUACAACACAUCACUGCCAGUGCUGUUUGGGGUCAAGAAAUAUGCAGAUGCAUUGUGGGAGAUUGUGAAGAGUCGCGACAUCGAGGUGAAUCUCAGACAAAAUCUCAUCGAGGUCCGGGCCGACAAGCAGGAAGCUGUGUUUGAAAACCUCGACAAUCCCGGAGAAACCAAAGUGUUUGAGUAUGAGAUGCUUCAUGUCACUCCUCCGAUGGGACCCAACCCGGUGGUUAAAGGAUCCUUAUUGGCUGAUGAGGCUGGCUGGCUGGACGUCAACAAAGAGACCCUUCAACAUAACAAGUAUCCCAACGUGUUUGGGAUCGGAGACUGCACUAACCUGCCGACAUCCAAAACAGCUGCUGCCGUGGCUGCCCAGUCUAGUAUUCUGGACAGAACAAUUUCAAAAGUGUUGAAGAAUGAAAAGCCGGAUAGUAAGUAUGAUGGCUACACAUCCUGCCCUUUGGUGACGAACUACAACACCGUCAUUCUGGCUGAGUUUGACUAUAGUGGGCAGCCAUUGGAGACAUUCCCUAUUGACCAAAGCAAGGAGAGAUGGACCAUGUACCACAUGAAAGCUGACGUGAUGCCUCAUCUGUACUGGCAUGGACUUCUCAAGGGGUUUUGGGGUGGACCAGGACCAUACAGGAAAAUCAUGCACCUUGGGAUGAAAUAGAAGCUUAUACAACCAAUUCAGCUGUUUCAGACUGAUACAAUGUAAUCAACUUUUUCUCUCAUUUCUUUGAUUCCCAGAUAGGGUUGCAAAAUUUCUGUGACUUUCCCAAAAUUCCAAGGAUUUCUAGAAAACUUGGUAAUUUUGGGAAAGUUACUAGAACAUUGCAACACUAUUCCCAGACCACUAUUUGAAUAACCAUAAUUUCAUAAUACAAUUAAACAAGGUAUUGAAAAUCCAAUUAGAUUUUUUUUAUUUUUUUUCAUAAAACCUAAUAAUACUGUCAGUGCUUAAUUUGAGCCAGAUCACCUAUUUUCCCGGAUCUGGUACCUCUUGCGGAAUGAUUUAUUAAUUGUAUCACUGUUCGCACUAUAAACAUUCUAAUAAAAGCUAUCAGAGUCAAAUCAAA